GGCCGCCCGAAAGGCAGCCCAGCAAGGUCCGAGAGGCAUCGCUCGCAGCGGCGCGAGGCAAGCCUAGUCAGCGCGGCAGCCCGGCGAGGGCAAAGCCAGACACAACCAGAGGCAGCCCAAAACAAGCAGGCCGAACCGCAGCGAAACGGAUGAGCAGCCGCAGCAUCACCAUGCCCGACCGGGAGCUCUCCUUCGUCAAGCGGCACUUUGGCACCGACGUCCUCGCCGCGGGCUGGCUUUUACUGUUAGCGACGUUCUUCUACACGGCGUAUUCGAUCCUGUUCCUCAUGGAGAUGUGGGGCGACACGUUCCCGCGGGUGUUUUUUGCGUGGGACAACUUGAUCGCUUCUUUAGUUUUUGUCGUCGCGGGCGUGUACUUCGCACUACUAGGUUAUCCGGCGGAGCUCGAGGAGUUCGAGCGGAGUUCUUUAGGCGUCGAUCUGGACCAAUUAUCAUGGAGAGAAAAGUACUUCACGGCGAACAAAUUUUUAAUAGCCAUCUGGAUGUUUAUAUUUGCUUGUGGCUUUUACUACGCGGCAGGGAUCGUGUGGAUCAUCUACGGCCAGCCUUUAGUGGGCGUGACCUUCCUUCUCAGUACUUUUGCGGGCCAGGCCGCGUGUUUUGUUUGGGCCUACGCGGCGAUGCCGGCGAACAUGCAGAGUAAUGAUGGCGCGGGCUCGUCCGUCUUGUACGACACGUGCUGCGGCUGCGACUGGCCCUGGCUGAAGGCGCGGAUAGGCACGGACGCGUUAUUGGGCAACUGGUUGUUUUUUAUUGCGUGCUUCGGGGCCGGCUGCUACGGGUUCAUCUACGUACUAUUUCAGCCGGCGUCGGCGAUGGCCUGGACCAUGUUCGCCUUCGCGGCGAACAUGGCUCUUGGAAGUUAUUUAUAUCUGCGGGCCUUCGACCCCGAGACCGCGGGCGGGUCGCUCUUCUUCGGCGACUCCAUUGAAGGCGUGGACAAGUCGCCGCUGAUCCAUUACGGGGCGACGAGUAGUGCAUAAUGUUAACAGUUUUU